CUGUCAGAGUGUAAGGAGCGAUAUGUUGGGCUCGAAGGCCUUGGAGGAUCCAAGACAGGAGAACAGGGCCAGAGGCUGGAGGGGAACGGACCCAUCUCCUGUUGAACUCAUCCAGAAGAUAGAACAGCUGGAGGUUGGCUUGGCGGAGCGGGAAGAGCUGCUCCUGGAGAAGGACUUGGUGUUUGAGCAGGUGACCCGGCUUUCUCAGCGAAUCAGAGCUAAGGCAGAGAACGGCAAGCAGGACACACUGCAGCUAGCCAAGAAGGUGAAUGAGUUGCAGGGCCGUAUCAAGGAGUCAACCAGGAGGAUGAUGGCCGUGGUGUCUGAGUUGUCGAUGCGCCAAGCCAGCGCCAUGACCCUGCAGCAGGAGCUGAAGGAGAGGGAGCUGUUCCUGGACACCUGUCACCGGCGCCUGGACCAGGGGCUGCCCCCCUCUGAAGACCUGGAGCAGGAGUGGCAACACAUCCUCAGGGAUGAUACGUAG